GCGGAUAAACUUUUAACAAUACGCCGCGAAAAUGGUGUACGUAGAGCCGGCAUUUCCACGUGGGAAAAAUACCGAAAUCGUAGACGAUGGAGUCGCACCGAGAAAAAAGUUCAAGCGCAACGUUAACUACGGUGCUUCAACCGAAGAGGAAAUAAAAGUUCACAAACCUCGACCGAAGGAACGCCGCAAGGCACUGUUGGAAGCGAAAGAGCAAGAACGGGAGACACAGGAGCUAGCCUGUACUGCCUCGAAUCUUAGCAUCGCCACGGUGCAACCGGGCAUGCUGGUACUCGGUAGUGUGCGGCGUAUUUUCAAAACGCACCUGGAACUCUCCCUUCCGGGACGACUACUGGGAACGGUACCGAUUUCGGCGAUAUCCGAUGCGUAUACGAAACGGCUCGAAGCGAUGAUAGAACAGCAAUCUACGGUCAAUUGUCCAACGCUCGACGAUCUGUACAGCGAGAACGAUCUGGUAUACGUGAAGGUGAUCGAGAAGGAGUGCAACCCAGCACGCCUGAAACUGUCGUUAAAUCCUAGCGAUCUGCACAACACCUUUACGGCGAACCAGCUCGUGCCCGGAUUGGUAUUGAUCGCAACGAUUGCUGUAGAAGAAGAUCAUGGAUACACGAUGGAAACUGGAAUACGCAACGUGCGCGCCUUUCUGCCGAAGGAUGGUCUGCGCAAAAAUCCACCCGACAUUGGUCGGAAUCUGUUUUGCACCAUCGAAAAAGUAACGCAGCAAGCCGGGAUAGCGGCUACGAUCAUCCUUAAAGCAUUCCGCAAGAAGGACAAUCGUGUACUGAACGUUGCCAUGGCCAACCUGGACGCGAUCGUGCCGGGCUGUGUGGUACCGUUCACUGUUGGGUCGGUAGUGCAGCAUGGCUUACGUGGGACACUUUUCGACGAAACGGUGGCCGCGUUUGCGAACGAAAAUAUGCUGACCCACACCAACAGUAAAGCGGACAGUUACACUUUAUUCCAGGAAUUGCCAGCAACCGUGCUGUACGUGAUGCCGGUUACACGGCACGUGUUCGUUUCGUUGGCCAAGUAUGCGAACAAUCGAACUGAAGCGGAACAUGCCGUGUUGGCGCCGGGCGCCACAAUUCAAAAUGCCCACGUAGUAAAAGUCACCAAAAGCGGCGUUUGGUUGCAGUUCGAUCGCGACUAUAAGGCGCUCCUGCCGAAAAAUGUGAUCAUGAAAGGAAUUGACGGUAACUACGAUGAGACCAUUGUGAUGGCUAAAUACCAUGUCGGAUCGGUGCACACUCUGCGUGUCGUACGUUACGAUGCGUUCGAUCGAACGUACGUCACGUGCGAUACGCUCGAUCAAGCUGGUGACGAACUCAGUCUGGUGGACGUUCAGAUUGGCAAAGUGUACCGUGUGCGAGUCAAGCAGGUGCAGCAAUCGGAAGGAUUCCUCGUCGAGAUGGGAUCGGUUCGUGGAUCGGUGAUGCGCGAUUGGUUCGAUCGUACGCAGCACUUUAAGGAGCGAGGGCUAGUAACUGUUCGAGCCGUCGAAUUCGAAAGCGAUCGACCGUACGUGCGAUUCACGAACCGACCGGAGUUGGUGAAGAAAACUGCGCAAAUUCUGUCCUCCUGGGAGCAAACAGCUGUGGGUCAACAGUUUCACGGUGUGGUGGUAAAAGAAGCUAAAACCUACUUUUUGGUCAAAUUUUUCAACAACAUCAUGGGAAUGUUACCGAAAAAAAUGCGAGAAGUAGAACAGGACACCGCGAAGCUAUACACACUGCGACCGGGAAGUGUGGAACUGUUCACCGUUCACGAGACCAAUGCCUCGGCAAAGUCCCUGGUUCUUUCCCUGCCGGCUGAGAGUAUUACUCGCGCAUCACCAUUAGCAAACGCGACCGUGAUCGGUGUCUUUCCGUCCGGAGUGGAUGUAAAGCUCGAUUCGGAAGAAGUGACCGGAACCGUUCCGUUGUACUGCUUUUCCGACUUUGCCUCCCACAAUCCACUGUACGUGAGCUUGCUCAAGGAAGGGCAACAAUUGUCAGUGGUCAAACUUCGCCAGAACACCUACAGUGUGCGUGACGUCGAGUACUAUCACCACAAUCCGAUGCGGAUGGCACGCGUGCCACAGGGGGCCGUACUGCGCGCCAGCUACUUUUCGCGAAAUGGUGAACCGUGCGCGAACCUUCUGUUGAACGAUUACAGUGAACCGAUCCGUCUGUUGGUGCGUGAACCGGAAAAAAAGCCAGAGGAUAUUCCAGAAGGGGAGAUUAUUUAUGCGAAAGUUACCUUCAACCCCAAAGGCAAGGAUGCCGCUACGUACAAGUUGCGCGCUAAUACACACCGCAAUGCGGUGUGUCCACGUGGUAUCGAACAUGUAUAUGAGUACACUUCUGCCUACAUGAAGGAUGUAGCAUGUUUAAUUGACCGGUACAAGCAAGCUGGACAAUCGUUUGCAAACUACACCGUGGGUCAAAAGGUGAUGUGCACCGUAGACAGCGAGAUCGACAAUAUGCUUAUGGUGAAGGUACAUUCGUGCGAUAAAAAAUUGUCAACCAAAAACGGCGCGAAAGGUAUUGCCGUGAAACCGUUCGCAUCACAGAACUGCACGUACAGUAAGGGCGAAACACUCGAUGGCCUCGUUAUAUGGGUGGAUGUGGAGCGGCAACUGGUUCAUGUGUGUGUAGAUUCCUCCCUACUUCAGUUGAUUGAUACAUCGAACACGGGACUACCGAAAUGUAUUGCCGGCAGCAGAACUCCCUGCGUCAAACUAUUCGAAAAUGAAUACGUCAGCAUUUGUUGUCGUUCAAACGACAGUGGCCCGUUGAUGAUUGUGCCGGUGAGGUAUCAUUACAAUGAUCAUCUGUGGUACACUAUAGACAGACCGUUGAUAGUCGUGUUUCAGCUACAAACGCUGGGUCAUAUGAUAUUCGCGGUACUGAGGCGUAGUUGUGUACUGUACAAAAGCCUAAACGCAAUCGAUCGAUCAGCAGAGAACACGGAAUCGCACCGGAGUGGUGAUUAUAAGGAUAGAAUCAAUCUUCGUUCGAAGGGUACCGUCCGGCAAUGGCAAGAACUGCCGGAAACGUUCGAUGAACCACUGCUGGAUGACGAUCUUGCGGAUAAAUCGGAUUCAUCAGAUCUUGAUGACACUGAUGGUGACGAAUCAGACGAUUUGUAUCGAGAUAGUGUAGACGAUGACGAUGAUGAAGAUUACGUCUAUGAGGAAGACAAACAUGAUAAUGAUGAUGAUGAUGAUGAUGAUGAGUCGGAACCAAGCGGUCAAGCGGGAGAGAUGAAAACCAAGAAACUCACUCACCUGCACGAUGCAAACGUUGGCAUUAACAAUCAGCCGCAGAAAAACGGAAAAAUAGAAACGGGUUUUCACGAAAACGAUAAGAAACGUAAGAAUGGUGGAAACGUACGAAGCAAACAAAUGGAAAAUCGUGAAAAAGAAACAGAAACAGGCCAAACCUUGAUUGGCGGCGAUACCAUGUGCGUCGGAAAUGGUUCAAAACUAGCGACGAAGUUAAGCAAGAAAAAGAAAAUGUUUCAGUUGAACGAGCAACAAGCAAUCGAGCUAAACGACCAUCAGAAGGGCAAAAAACUCAACAGGUCAGAAAGCCUAUUAAAAAAACAACCCGGGAAAGUGGAAAAGAAGAAAAAGGAAGCGGCUGCAGGUGGCGCUAAGCUAAAACCUACCAUCGCCGAUGCAACCGACGGCAAAAUAUUGAAAAAGAAAAAGAAAAUCUCUAGUGCUACCGCCAAUUUACUAAUCCCUCAGCUAGAUGGAACCGAUGAUUUGCUCUUCAGUCAGCUAGAUGGGCCUAAGGGUUUGACAGAAUCAAAGGUAUUCAAAAAAGCUAUCAAACGAAAACACAGCAACGAUGGCACCAAGGAGAGCGGAACCCUACCGGGAGCGACAAACUUUUGGGACUCGACCCCUAUCUACAAGCGGGCUGUGGCAGACUCGAGCUCCGAUGAGGGUAGCGACGAGGAGGACGAAGCGCAAAAAGCGAAAGCUAGUAAGCGUCUUUCGGCCAAGGAACGGUUCGAGGCAAUGAAACAGGAGGAAGAACGCUUGAGAAAAAUCGAAGAAGAGCUGGCCGAUCCGUCCCUCGAUCCGCACACACCGGAUCAGUUCGAUCGGUUGGUGUUAGCUCAACCGAACAACAGCAUGAUCUGGAUUCGGUACAUGGUGCAUCACAUGGAGUCGGCCGAGCUGGACAAGGCACGGGCCGUCGCCCGGAAAGCAUUGAAGGCGAUCAACUUUCGCGAGGAAGCUGAACUGCUGAACGUGUGGAUCGCUCUGCUCAAUCUCGAGAUACGCUACGAGACGGUGGAAAGCUUCAAGGAGGUGCUUCAGGAAGCGAUCCAGUACAACGACGCGUUCAAGGUGUACUCGAGGGUGCUGGACAUUUUGAUCGAUUGCCAGAAGGUGAGCGAGGUACGCGAACUACUAGAGUUGCUGUUGAAAAAGUUUCGCAAACAUACCGAAAUGUGGUCCCUGGUCGCUGAUGCAUGGUAUCGGAUUGAUCAGGGCAACAAAGUCAAACCGUUGCUAAGCCAGGCCACGAAGUCACUUCCCUGCAGGGAUCAUAUUCCACUGAUCGUCAAGUUCGCUUUUCUGCACAAUCGUUACGGAAACCGCGAUGAGGCUCAUCUGUUGUUCGAGCAGAUACUCACCUCGUACCCGAAGCGAACAGACAUUUGGUCCCAGUACGUCGACAUGCUGGUCAAGGAUGGGCUAGUCGAUAAUGCUCGUCAGAUUUUGGAGCGCGCGAUCGUUCAGCGAUUGCCAAUGAAGAACAUGAAAACGCUAUACACCAAGUACGUAAACUUUGAGCAGAAACACGGCAACCGGGACAGUGUGCGGCGCGUGAAGCAGAUAGCGGCGGACUACGUGCAGGCGCAACUCAACAAUGCGGGCGUCACGACGAGUGACAAGAGCAAGAAAUAGUUAUUCAACACCACAUUGGGUUUUGUGUUUGCCUUUUUUCAUAUUUUUAUUAACAACAGCUUUGGUCUAAUAAAUAGAACAAUACUUACGUC